CGCCGCGUUCCGAUUGGCGGCGCCCGGGCGGGCCCGACGUUGGGGCGGGCCCGCGUUGCGUGACAGUUGUGGCGGGGGAGGGAGUGUCAACAGAGGCGAGGCGGCGCCGCGUCUGCGCGAAGGACAUGGAGGAGGACGCGCAGGAGCAGCGGCGUAGGAAGCUGGAGGCUGGCAGGGCCAAGCUUGCUCACUUCCGACAGAGAAAAGCAGAAGGUGACUGUGCGUAUUCGAAGAAAAAGACGGCGAAGAGGAAGGGCCCGGCUGUCGAUGCGCCUGUGCAGGAGGAGAGGCCGGUAGCCGCCAAGGACAGUGGGCGUCUCGGAGGGAGGGAUGAUUGCAGACCCUGCGGCGAUUUGCCCGUUGGGGCGACAGGCCCGUCCCAGGCUCAGGAUUUGUCUAUGGAUCAGAAUCAGCUUGAAAUUAAGAAGGCUCAGGCCAGAAUAACUGAAUUAGAGGUGAAACUUCUGAAUAGGCAAGAAACUAUCAACAGGCUUGAACUGGAAGUGAAAGAAUUGCAGGGUCAGCUGGCGCAGUGUCCUGGCUCUGUUCCCUGCCACCAGGAAUGUGAACAUGAACAGCAGCACAAGCUUGAGGUUGCUGAGUCCAUUAGCAGACAGAGAGAUGAGGGAGGCUGGCAGCAGCAGACUCAGGAGCUACACCUGGGAGCCACAGAGCUCAUGAGGGGAGAGGGCUAG